UUCUUCUUCUUCUUCUUCUUCUUCUUUUUUUUCUCUAUUUAAACUGCAAAAAACGCGAGACCCCACAAGGGUUGUUGAAUCCAUUCAGCUUGCUGUGUGUGUGGUGAUCGCGAUUGUUUGCUGUGUUGUGUCGCACAAGAUGGCAAUGCAAAGCCCUUACGACCAGGUAACCAAGGGAUACGUCGCAACGCGGCCCCAGUAUCCUGACCAGUGGUUCUCCAAGCUCUCCGCUUUGACCUCCCGCCAUGCCUUGGCUUGGGAUGCCGGCACCGGCAACGGCCAAGCCGCAAUCACGGUCGCAGAGCAUUAUGAGCGAGUGGUUGCAACUGACAUAAGUGAACCCAUGCUGAAGCAAGGGAUCCCACACCCUCGAGUUCGGUACCUACACAUGCCAUCAUCCUUGUCCGAAGACGAAAUGGUGGCAAUGCUUGGGGGUGAGAACUCGGUCGAUUUGAUCACGGUGGCCACUGCCGUCCAUUGGUUUGACAUCCCAAAGUUCUACUCUGUUGCCAAACGGGUCCUCCGCAAGCCCGGAGGCGUGAUCGCCGUUUGGACCUACACUGACAUGAUCGAAGUCAAUCCCAAAAUUGAACAUAUACUAAGACGUCUGCGCGAAGCCUCUAAGCCAUAUUGGAAGCCAGGAGUGCAGUACGUGUUUGAAGAGUAUCGAAACCUUCCAUUUCCGUUUGAGAGUGUGGGUUUAGGUUGCGAAGGACAACCUGUUCAGCUAGAAAUGCCGAGGGAAAUGAGUUUUGAGACGUUUCUGAGUUGCCAGAGGACCUCGUCAGCAGUAGCGACGGCUAAGCAGGAUGGUGUGGACCUGUUGACCGAUGAUGUCGUGAAAGAGUUUGAGACCGCUUGGGGCGGAUCGGAUUUGGUCAGAACUGUCAAGUUCAAGGUUUUUAUGCUUGCGGGAACAGUGAAAGCUUGAAUCUCACUUUCCCUUGGAACUUAAAAUCAAUAAAUUAGGAUAUCUUAAUUACUUUUAUAUCAUAUCAAUUCUUUAAUAUAGAUUUUCCUAAUAUAAUUCUAUAGAUAGAUUCUAUCAAUAGCCCUCGAGGGGGUAGGAAUGAUGUUGAAAGGACAACGUAUACGUUUGAGUGACGUCCUGAUGACAUUAUUCAUCGA